GGAAUUUUGUGUUUGGUUUUGUGUGUGGGGGGAAGGGCUGAAUAUAUAAAGCAUACUGUGUCUUCCGCUUAAAUAUAAAGGUUUAAAAAGGAAAAAAGAAAACGGCGGAGAGGUAGAGGAGAGGGUAAAAAAGAAAGAAAAUCUUUGCACAUAAACAUUUCAAAAAAAAUUUUUUAAAGGAAACUGUGUUUGAUUUGUAGAUUUUUCCUCAAUCCUUUACCUCCCUUUAAAACAUUCUCUCCCACACAAAAAUUCUUUUUGCUUCACAUUUGCUUCUCUCUACGAUUGGUGGUCCAAAAAAGCCGUUUGUUUGUUUCUUGCUGUUGCGGGACGACAACUUUUUUUGCCUCUCCCAUAUUUUUUUUUGCUAUCUAUCCUGGCCAAAUAACCCCAUCCAGAGACACCAACAACAUCAUCAUCACAUACCCUUUUAUUUUUUUAAUGCUAUUCAAACCUCUGUUUUUUAACCCAUCGUUUUUUAAAUAAUGAAUAUAUUCAUUUAUUAAAUGAAUUAUUUAUAAAAAAGUUUUUUUAGUUGUUAAGCAUAGUGAACAAUAAAAAAAGUUAAAAAAAGUUAAAUUCAUAACUGAAUCAUUUUUUGCUGACCGUUCUUUUCCAGCUGAUUCAAUGAUGACCAAUACUAAAUAUAUUUUCCUCUGAAGGAAAAAAAUAUUGAAGGGGGCAUUUAAAAAAUUUUUUUCGUUUAUAAAAAAAUUGGGUUUGAAUGGAGGUAAAUCAACAACACCAAGAAAAAACGGCGAGGAGUCAACUUUAUGAAUUAACUCCGCCUAUGGACCCUUCAAAUGAUAAUAAUGACCGAACAUUUCGAGGCAAAAACAACACGAAACAUUCAAAUUCAACAACAACAUGUUCACCACCAACCCCUCCUAUUUUAUUUAAUAGACCUCGUCCAACAGACCUGCCUGGAAUUUCUGCUGGUUUAGCUGCAAUAUCAGCCAAUUAUGGUGCAAUUUUUGAUCAUCAAAAUAAUCAAGAUGAACAACAUCAAAAUUCACCAGUUGACGAAAAUAAAUUGCAACAACAGAAUUAUUCAGUCGGCUCAUUAUCUGAACAAUUUCCGUUGGUUGCUGCAGCAGCUUAUGCUUUUAGAAAUCCACAAUCGGCACAAUUUCACAGCAUCACCCCUUCUCUGUAUUCACCAUACGAUGGAUCACAACCAUCUGAUCCAAAUACGCCAACUCAACAAUUUGGAAUUGGAACUUCAGCAAUGAUUGGUUCACAACCUCCUCCAACUUAUGCCACAGUUUCGUCAAUGGCGGCUGCAGCUAACUCAACACCAUUUGAUGCCUUUCUUUGCAAUUGGUAUCCGCUUUUUGGUGCUGGUAGCAGCGAUCUGAUCGGCUACAGCACCGCCGUUGAACAACAAAACAACACUAAUUUAUUAUUUCAUUCACCUACUGUCGCUACAGCUGCACAACAUUUAUUUACACCUCCCUUUGAUUUUUGUACUACACAACAGCAACUUGAUUCAAAUUCUUCUAUUUUAUUAGAUAAUUCUAUUCAACAUCAACAACAUCAAUUGUGGUUAGCUGAACAAUUUGCGGAAGCAGCAGCAAUUAGCAGCAAUUCUUCAAGCAAUAAAUCAACUACAAAUAGUGCCUCUUCAGUGUUUGUUCCACCUUUAAGUGUAGUUAGUAAAUCGACACCACCAACAGCAACAGUCUCAGCAAUGCCACGAGGACAACCAAGACGAGGUGGUAGAAGGCCGCGAGAACGAGAAGAGGAAAAUUUGAAUGACGAAGAUAAAGGCCGUCGCGAAAGAAGGCGUGAAAGGAAUAAGGAAGCAGCUGCUCGUUGUAGACGUAGACGUGAAGAAAGAAUGUCAAGUUUGGAAGGGCAAGUACAACUUUUACAAGCGGCAAACGAUGAAAAGGACAAUUUAAUAAGAAAAUUACGAGAUGAACAAAAUCGUCUACUUGGAAUUCUUUCAAAAAGAGAAGAAUCUUCUAUGGUUUGCGGCGAGCCUUCUUUAAAAUUUGAACCUCAAAAAUUUGAAAAUGAGCAAGGAUUGUUAACAUUCCCGUUAAAUACUAUGGCUUUACAUCAUCGACAAAAUGAUAAUCCGAGAGUUCCCAGUGGCGGUGGUAUUGGUAUUUUAAUUCCCCAACUUGAACGUACUAAAAUUCAUCCCCAACAACAACAACAUCCUAAUCAAUGUUUUUCUCUUACAGCAAUGAAUAAUACGUCUUGCCAACAUUCCUCUUCCUCCUCUUCAUCUGCUAUAGCGGCAGAUACAACAGAAUCUACAGAAAUAUCACCUGCAACACCACCUCCAAAUUUGUCUUCUUAUGACCACAGAGGGAUCAGGAAUGAUUCUAGAGGAGGAUGUUGUUCUGUUUUGGUUAAUGGAACAGAUCCAGUAAUAUCAGAAUCAGCUUUAAUGGAGACACCAACAUCUAAUUAUUCUCAAAAUCCUCCUCUGUUUGGACGUAUUAAACGAGCUAAGGUUGAACCAUCACCUCUUUUGGGUGGACUUGAGGAUCAUGAAAAUGCUGAUAACAGAAGGAUUUCUCCAUAUGAAGCAUCUUUAAAUGAUAAUAAUCGGCCGACAACUUUAAAUUUAAGAGGAAAAGCUGAUUUUCUUCAUAAAGAGGGUUAUAUUGCUAUUACACCAUCAAAAGGUGUUCAAGUUGAAGGAAAUUUUCAAAGUCAAGGAGGAUUUGGAAGUUUUGAGUUCACUCCAUCAUCAUUUUUGGGGACUGGUCAAUCAUAUAGUGUAUUAGGGGCGCAACAAACUGGACUAACUCCUUGUCAGGGUGGACCUGUUUAUGUUCAGACAUCAUCUAUUUCUCAAAAUGAAUGUCCACCUAGUGACGGUGAACUUAGCAUUUUACACUGA